AUGGCUGAAGCCCAGCUGUGUGUAUCACAGGACGAGUUCACCUGCUCGGUGUGUCUGGACACCCUGACUGACCCCGUGUCACUGCAUUGUGGUCACAGUUUCUGUCUGAAGUGCCUCACGGACUACUGGGAUCAGAGCCAAGUGUGCAGCUGUCCUCAGUGCAGACACACCUUCACCACAAGGCCUGAACUGAAAAGAAACACUCUGCUGAAUGAAGUCAUCAAGAAAUUAAAGAAGACGGAACUCAGUUCUCCUUUAUCUCAGAAUUAUGCCGGCCCUGGAGACGUGGAGUGUGAUUUCUGUACUGGGAAGAAGUUCAGAGCGGUGAAGUCCUGUCUCACCUGCCCGGCCUCCUACUGUCAGACUCACCUGCAGCCUCACUAUGAAGUAGCAGCCUGGAAGGGACACAAGCUGGUUGAUCCUGACACAAAUCUAAAGGAAAAACUCUGUGAGAAACAUCAGAAAAGUCUGGAGAUGUUUUGCAGAACUGAUGAGAUGUGCAUCUGCAUGACGUGUGCAGUGACUGAACAUAACGGGCAUAAAUUGGUUGAAAUGGAGACGGAAAGGGAAGAAAAGCAG